AUGGCUGCCGCCGUCGCACCUUCGGCCAGCCGCCAUGCUAGCGCCACCUCGUCGCCAGACCCGCAGGCCGCAGCAGCAGCAGCCGCCACCGACGCUCCCCUCCCAUCCCCUUGGGACGGCCUCGAGACCUCAAUCCUCACAGACCUCGCAAAGCGCGGCCUCCUCUCCACUCUCGACUCGAUAAAGGAGGCAAAAACCCUCAUCCUCGAUCCCUCUCUCGCAGGACCCCUCGGCCUCGUCGCAGACGUGCAGAGCCUCAAGCACCACGGCGUCGAACGCAUGUUCUGGCUCGAAAACCAUUCACCCGCCUUUGUACCAAAGACGUCGACCUCCGCGUCCGCAGCAGCAGCAGCAGCAGCAGCAUCGGUCAACGCACACGGACACCCUUACUCCCUCAAGGCCAUCAACGCGCCCACACGCUCCGUCGUCUACAUCUGCCGACCAGAGAUACGAUGGAUGUCGGCCAUUGCUGAACACAUCCGGGCCGACCGCGCCGCCCGACCCUCGUCGCCCCUUCAGCACACCUACACCGUCACAUUUGUGCCGCACCGGACAGAGCCCUGCCUGCAGUUUCUCGACCGCGAGGCCGUCCUCUCGGACAUAUCGCUGCUCGACUUCGGCCUCGAGUUUGUGCCGCUGGAAAAGGACGUGAUCAGCCUCGAGGAGGACACGGCGUGGAAGCGCAUCUACGCCGACGGCGACCACACGUCCAUCUUCCGCUCGGCCCAGGCGCUCAUGACGAUGCAGCACGCCUACGGCCUCUUUCCGCGCAUCAUUGGCAAGGGCAACCUCGCCAGGAGGCUCGCCGACCUCUUGAUCCGGCAGCGCCGCGAGCACCUCGCCUCGGACCCCACCAACCCUUCGCUCACCACGCCUUCGACGUCGAUCGACAGCCUCAUCAUCAUCGACCGAUCCGUCGACCUCGCCACGCCCCUCUGCACCCAGCUCACCUACGAGGGCCUGGUCGACGAGGUCGUCGGCAUCCGCAACGCCCACGUCGAGGUCGACCCGGCGCUGCUGACAGGCACCAACCAGCCCGCGCCGCCCCACCCCUCGCAACCCUCCGGGAGCGGCACGCCGCUGCAGAUGACGUCGGCGCCCAAGAAGCGCAAGCACCGCCUCGACAGCACCACCGACCUCCUCUUUGCCGAGAUCCGCGACCUCAACUUUGCCGUCGUCGGCGAGAAGCUGCAUCGCGCCGCCAAGCGGCUCAACGAGGACUACGAGGGUCGCCACCAGGCCAAGACUGUCUCACAGAUCCGCGCAUUCGUCGGCAAGCUCGGCGGGCUGCAGAACGAGCACGCCUCGCUGAGGCUCCAUACGGGCCUGACGGAGAAGAUCAUGCAGUUCACCGGCCGCGAAGAGUUCAACCGCAUGCUCGAGAUCCAGCAGAACCUCGUCGCCGGGCUCGACAUGAACGCGCAGCAGCAGGGCAUCGAGGACAUGGUCAACGAGGAGAGGAGCCUCGUGGCCGUGCUGCGACUGCUGUGCCUCAGCAGCAUCGUUGGGCCAGGCGCGGGUGGUAUCAAGGCCAAGAACCUCGAAUUUGUCAAGCGCGAGAUCCUCCAGACGUACGGCUACCAGUACCUCGCGCUACUGCUCACGCUGCAAAAGGCGGCCAAGGGCGGCAGGUCGUCGACCGGGGCGGCAGCGGCGGCGGCGGCGGCGUCGGUCAACGGUCAUGCCCCAGGUUCGGCCGCCGCUGCGCUGCCUGCGGCCGGUAGCGCCAGUGCCAGCGGUGACGGGGUGACGACGACGCUCGUCUUUUUCCUGGGCGGUGUCACGUUUACCGAGAUCGCGGCGCUGCGCUUCAUGAGCCGGCAGACGCGCAACCGGCGGUUUGUCGUGGCUACCACCAACACCAUCAGCGGCGACAGCAUGAUCCGUGACCUGAGCCAUGGCUGCCUGUAG